AUGGAAGAAUAUGAGGGAUUAUUUAGUAGGUCAUCGUGGACGGUGAGACAGAUGAAAGAUAAGGUUGUCAGGUUUCACUUAAUCCAGGAAGUGGUGGAAAACAGUCAGACAGGUAUAAAACAGAUGGAGAAAGGCAGGACAUCAUCAGAAAGUCAUCCUGAGCAGAGAUACUCCAAAGGGAAGACUUCAACGCUGACAAUGAUAGCCGCUGCAGCCUUGAUGGGAUCGGUGAAAUCCGUCGGACCAAUUCUUCUCCUGUUGUCAUCUCUUAUGUACAUGGCCGAUUCUUAUAACGACUUGGACUUCUCGCACGUCGGAUGUGAGGAGUGCUCGCUAAAACCGAGCGGGCUUUUCAAGGGGGUCUAUCAGUGUAAGGGCUGCUGCUUCUCCAAGGCUUAUCCGACACCUCUGGAUAAAAAGAUGCAAAUGUUGAACCCAAAGAAUAUCACCUCAGAGGCAGCGUGCUGCAUUGCGAGCAAGAGCCACGAGGUUGUUGUGAGUGGCCUUAUGCUGAGAAACCACACCGAGUGCACCUGCGGCACCUGCAUAUAUCACAAGAGCUGA